CCCGCAGCCCCGCAGGUGCCGCCUCUCCUCGCCCCACAGCUGCAGUAGUCCACCAUGGAGUCCCCGGUCCAGAUCUUCCGCGGAGAGCCAGGCCCCACCUGCGCCCCCAGUGCCUGCCUGCUCCCCAAUGGCAGCUCUUGGUUCCCUGGCUGGGCCGAGUCCGACAGCAAUAGCAGCGCCAGCUCCGAGGACGUGCAGCUGGAGCCCGCGCACAUCUCCCCGGCCAUCCCGGUCAUCAUCACGGCGGUCUACUCAGUGGUGUUCGUCGUGGGCUUGGUGGGCAAUUCGCUGGUCAUGUUCGUGAUCAUCCGAUACACAAAGAUGAAGACAGCCACCAACAUCUACAUAUUUAACCUGGCCCUGGCAGAUGCUUUAGUUACGACCACCAUGCCCUUCCAGAGCGCCGUCUACCUGAUGAAUUCCUGGCCAUUUGGGGAUGUUCUGUGCAAGAUGGUCAUUUCCAUUGACUACUACAACAUGUUCACCAGCAUCUUCACCUUGACCAUGAUGAGCGUGGACCGCUACAUUGCAGUGUGCCACCCUGUGAAGGCUUUGGACUUCCGCACACCCUUGAAGGCGAAGAUCAUUAAUAUCUGUAUUUGGCUCCUGUCAUCAUCUGUUGGCAUAUCUGCAAUAGUCCUGGGAGGCACUAAAGUCAGAGAAGAUGUGGAUAUCAUCGAGUGCUCCUUGCAGUUCCCAGAUGACGACUACUCUUGGUGGGACCUCUUCAUGAAGAUCUGUGUCUUUGUCUUUGCCUUCGUGAUCCCGGUCCUCAUCAUCAUAGUCUGCUACACCCUGAUGAUCCUACGCCUGAAGAGCGUCCGCCUCCUCUCCGGCUCGAGAGAGAAAGAUCGCAACCUCCGCCGCAUCACCAGGCUGGUGCUGGUGGUGGUGGCAGUCUUCAUCAUCUGUUGGACCCCCAUUCACAUUUUCAUCCUUGUGGAAGCUCUGGGCAGCACCUCGCACAGCACAGCUGCCCUCUCCAGCUACUACUUCUGCAUCGCCUUGGGCUACACCAACAGCAGCCUGAACCCCAUUCUCUAUGCCUUUCUGGAUGAAAACUUUAAGCGGUGUUUUAGGGACUUCUGCUUCCCCAUUAAGAUGAGGAUGGAGCGACAGAGCACUAGCAGAGUGAGAAACACAGUUCAGGAUCCUACUUACAUGAGGGAUGUGGAUGGGAUGAAUAAGCCAGUAUGACUAGUCGUGGAGAUGUCCUCUUACAGUUCUACCGGAAGAGAAGAGUUCAAUGAUCUAGGUUUAACCCAGAUUACUACUGCAGUUUGA